AUGAUCUGGUCCAAGGACUUUACCUGGGACCAGCCUGGCCUUGGGGCUGGGAGUGUCUGGGCCGGGGAGCCCUCCCCGCGCGGGCCUCCGGGGACAUCAGUGUCCGUCCCCAGUGGAGGGGCCUCUGUGGGGGAGGGGCAGCAGGGGGAAGGUCUUUGUCUGAGACGAGGCGGUGGCCAGGGCUUAAGGAAGGGAGGCUGGCCUGCCCGAGCCGAAAAGACUGCCCUGGGCCCAGGCCCAGUCGCCCACCAAGAUGGCCUUGGGCCCGAGUUUUCAGAAUUCCGGCUCAGUUCGGGGAAGCUGCAGGAGCUCGGCGUGGGGGAUGGGAGCAAGCUGACGCUGGUGCCCACGGUGGAGGCUGGCCUCAUGUCCCAGGCCGCCCGCCCGGAGCAGUCUGUGAUGCAGGCCCUGGAGAGCCUGACCGAAACCCAGCCCCAUGCGGCACCUGAGCUGGGCCGGGCUGGCGGAGGCGGCUUCCGGAAAUAUCGAUUCCUUUUAUUUAAGCGUCCGUGGCAGCGACAGGGACCCCAGAGCCCAGAGAGGGGCGGCGAGAGGCCCCAGGUCAGCGACUUCCUGUCUGGCCGUUCGCCACUGACCCUGGCGCUUCGCGUGGGUGACCACAUGAUGUUCGUCCAGCUGCAGCUCGCUGCCCAGCAUGCCCCUCUGCAACACCGGCACGUGCUGGCCGCUGCAGCUGCCGCCGCCGCCGCCGCCCGAGGAGACCCCAACACAAGCACCCCUGUAUCCUCACCUUGCCGGCCCAUGUCCGGUGCCACCCGUGUCCCCCCGGUGCCCAGCAGCCCAGCCCCUGCAUCUCCCUCACCACUCACAGCUGGGUCCUUCAGAUCGCACCCGCCCUCAGCUACCUGUCCCAAGCAGACGGACUGUUCCACUCCAACAAGCAGUGGUGCCAGCACCACAUCCACCCCAGGGGGCAGCCCAGCUCCCCGCCCCCGCAAACCUGGCGCUGUCAUCGAGAGCUUUGUGAACCAUGCACCAGGGGUCUUCUCAGGGACCUUCUCUGGCACGCUGCACCCCAACUGCCAAGACAGCAGCGGGCGACCCCGGCGGGACAUCGGUACCAUCCUGCAGAUCCUCAACGACCUCCUGAGUGCCACGCGGCACUACCAGGGCAUGCCCCCCUCACUCACCCAGCUGCGCUGCCACGCACAGUGCACACCCGCCAAUGCCACCACUACCCCAGCCCCCGAGCUGACCCCCAAGUCUACCUCCUGUGAGAAGCUGCCGGCUGGGCCCCCGGCCUCCCAGAUCCGAAUGUGUAAGCCCCCUGGGGACCGUCUGCGGCAGACUGAGAACCGCGCCACGCGCUGCAAGGUGGAGCGCCUGCAGCUGCUGCUGCAACAGAAGCGGCUGCGUAGGAAGGCGCGGCGCGACGCGCGAGGCCCCUACCACUGGCCACCCAGCCGUAAGGCCGGCCGCAGCGACAGCCCCAGCGGAGGCGGUAGCAGCCCCGGCGAGUCCACGGGCCUGGGCCUCGACUUUGAGGACUCGGUGUGGAAACCGGAAGUGAACCCCGACAUCAAAUCUGAGUUUGUGGUGGCCUAGGAAGUGGCCAGGGACCCCGGGAGCCUCCGUUGAUCCCGCAGAGCCAGCGCAGGCGCCUCGCAGCAGGAGCCACUCGCGCAGGCGCCCCCCUCCCGCGUCACCGUGGUUUCCCAGACGCCUGUAGACCUCUCACGUGCCCACCCCUCCCUGCUCCGGUCCCGCCGCCCACCUCUGCCUCCCUCCCAGAUGUAGCAGCCUCCCAGAUGGCUGAGCCGGAAGAUGAGGCGGCGCACCCGCCCCUUCCGCUCCGCCCCCUCACCACCUCCACCCCAUUCAGGUUAAAGUCAACUCUCGAAGCCUCAUGCACUUUACGGGAGGGGAGGGGCCGGAGACCCCCGCCCCUUCCGCCCUGCCCCAUCCACAAGGAGACGCCCACUCCGGGACACCCCCUUCCCCCAAAAGGCACCGGAGCCUUGGGACGACCUGCCAUGACCAGGCAAUCUUCACAUUGCCCUCUUUUCUGUUGGGAAAGUCGACCGACUUAAGGCCGCCGUAGGGGGUCGAGGAGGCCCAGAGUGUGCUUCGGGUUGGAGGGAGGGGCAGGACACAGGGCCCUCCCCCCAGGUGCGCAGGCACCUCUCUGCACACUGUGCUACAAACUCCCCUGGCACCCCUAACUGACCUCCUGCCUGAGCUUGGGGUAUUUAUAGACUAUUAAUUUCUGACUGAGCCAAUCAUGGGUCGCAGCCCCCAGGAGAGCACACGGCCAUGGGACAGAAUAUUUCCCCCACCCCAUCCAUCCCGGCUCCCUGCAGGACCGGGAACUGUGUGGGGAGGGGGCUCUCCACAGCCUGGAAGGGGCGUGCUGAGCUGUGAAUCCCUGAGCAGGGCAAAAGCUGUGUAGCAUUAACCCCCUGGGAGGGUCGCUGCUGGUCUAAUUUGUACCCUCCCCACUUAGUGAGGGUCCUGGGAGUGCAGGCCCCAAAGAUGGGGGGUCACUGGGGCAAGCCUCCAGACCGGGGCCAUUUCAAAAUGGGUGGGCUUUUUUUAAAAUUGUUUUUCCAAUUUGUUUUUAUCUGAUAAUGGAGAUGUUGGGCAAUGCCCGACGCCCUUGUCUGAGUCCUGGCCACAAUCUCUCAUUUCCUGUCCUGUCUUGCACCCCUGUUCUCCCAGCCCUGCUUGUCCGCCCCAUAGGUAAACCCCAGGUCCUCAGCCCCCUCCCGCUCAGUCACGUGUUUAAACUUAAUGGUUUCAGAUGUGAA